UACCGACUCACGCUGCCAUACUUUCACACAGCAGCAGCCGACCGGUUUCCGACCUUCAAUUACACUUUAACCCGCACAUCGCCUGGUUUUGCAAGUAUGAGCGAAACACAACCACAACCUCACAACCGCAACUGCUGCGCGUGGCUCGAGGACCUUCACAUCGAGUACCACGGCUGUGAUCCCUCCAUCUGCGUUCUACACGCCGCACCCUACCCUGUCGUAUCUGAUCCGCCGGAAAUACAAAGCAUUGACGGCACCCUUGAGGACCAGGAAACAAUCAACAGGAUAUUUGGGCCCGAGUGGCGCUUCUUUUCAUCCCAACACUGGAUAUCACUGAUAUCCGAACUCCCUCAGAGCCGACCCAAGCCUCAGAAGGCCCGACGGUCAUUUCAUCUAAGGGCGAUGGCAGGGAACGCUAGAGAACCCAGCAGAUCCCCCCAAAAGCGACACCGCCAAACCUCCAGCACGGUUUCGGGGUCUCCUCCGAAGAGGUUGGCCGUGAGACACAGUGCACCAAAAGCGCACGAAAAGACAAUAGCCACACAGACGAGUCCAUAAGGUUCAAACUCUGCUAGUGACAAAGGGAUGGAUACCUCGCUAAGCAGCCAUCUCCAAGAUGUCCAACUGAACAAUCACACGGCGACGUCCAAAACUGUCCCUCAUGCCGAUCCGGAACGGACUCUCCGAUCACUAGACGAUGUCAACGCGUCUACAACUCUCAUGUCUGUUCCAGAUGAUUUCCAUCUGCCACCUCCGCUUGUUUCCCCGAAGCGACGUCCAGUCAGGGGAGGGAAGACGCCGAUUCAACCAGGUCGACCCACGUUGAAGACUUUGAUGACCUGGAACGAAUGACACCUGCUGUCUGUUUUAAAGCUGGCGUGUUCUCGUACACGGACUUUCCCAAUGC